AUGCCACCACGUGGAAGAGGAGGAAAUUUCAGAGGCCGCGGCGGUCGUGGUAGAGGAAGAGGUGGUCGAGGAGGUAAAGCGACAAGCCGAUUUGGACCUAAUCGCCGAUUCGACGGGACCCGACUGGCAGACAAUGAUGGCUCAGAAAGCUCCGGAUCGGAACCAGAAUCUGCGCCUGAAGAUACAGUAAUGGAUGACAUUGAAUCCGAGGACGACGACGAAGAACAAACCACAUCUUCGAAACCUUACAUGGCUCUUCUACAAAGCUUCAACAACGAGAGCAGUGCCCCUAACGCUAAGCGACGGAAGUUAGAUCAUCAGGAAUCUACCCAGUCUCGACGGGACGAAGACUCCUCCGAUGAGGAAGGAGAUGAAGAUGAAGAAGAUGCUGAGAAAGACAUCGACCGUGCCGAGGAUGAGCCCGAAGAUCAAGUCGAGGAACAAAUAGACGAAGACGAUGAGGAUUCCGAAGAUGAUGAAGAUCCCAGCGAUCCCUUCGAUGUUCACUUUGCGCAUCCCGAUGAUGAUGCUGUCGCAAAAAGAGUCAACUCAGUACAGAAGGGCAAUUGGGCAACAAAACGAGCGCUAUUACAAAACUCGAGGGCGACAAUCAUGUACCCAUCAUCUGAUGCAGGUGCUGAAGCACCCAAGCCUGUUGACGGACUCGAUGGUCUGCAACUCAAGCAGAAGCUCAAGGAAACUUCAUCUCGCAAAAUUGGCGAGUUCGACGCUGUUCAGCGCAAUCUGAGCCCAUUGCUCUUCAACUACAACGAUGUCCUGUUUUGCGAUCGCACAGUACGAAACUCGGACUCGCUGCGAGAGUUGACAUGCCUCCAUGCCCUCAACCAUGUUUUCAAAACGCGAGAUCGAGUCAUCAAGAACAACUACAAGCUGGCUAAAGAGGGCCAAGAUACCGAUUUGGAACUUCGGGAUCAAGGCUUCACGCGGCCCAAGGUCCUCUUCCUUCUACCCACACGCAACUCUUGUCUUCGUAUGGUAAACAUGAUUCGUGAUCUUUGUCAGCCGGACCAGCAAGAAAACCGAAAGCGAUUUGACGACGGCUACGUGGAUAAGGAGACCAAGUUUGGUGCAGACAGACCAGCUGAUUUCAAGGAUCUUUUCGAGGGAAGCGACGACGAUAUGUUCCGCUUGGGCAUGAAGUUUACUCGCAAGACUAUCAAAUAUUUUGCGCAAUUCUAUAACUCAGAUAUUCUUUUCGCCAGUCCAUUGGGCCUGCGAAUGGCCAUUGGCUCCGAGGAGGAUAAGAAACUUGACUUCGAUUUCCUGAGCUCGGUCGAGAUGGUCGUUGUUGACCAAGCUGAUGCUCUUCUCAUGCAAAACUGGGAGCACGUCGAGUUCAUCUUUGAGCACUUGAAUCUUCAACCCAAGGAUGCUCAUGGUUGUGACUUCAGUCGUGUACGAAACUGGUACUUGGAGGAUUGGGCGAAGUAUUUCAGGCAAACAGUUAUCUUGUCUGCCUUCAACACGCCUGAGUUGUCCGAGUUGCUUCGCUUGCAUUGCCACAACUGGGCUGGAAAGGUUCGGUUGCAGCCUGAAUAUCCCGGCAUGCUAUCACAGCUUGGUAUCAAGGUAAAGCAGACCUUCUCAAGGUUCCAGUCUAGCUCGGUCGACAAAGACCCUGAUGCUAGGUUUGAGUACUUUACUUCUGCCAUUAUUCCCUCACUCGCCAAGCGGGCAAAGGAUGCUACUGGUACUCUCAUCUUCAUCCCUUCCUAUCUUGAUUUUGUUCGUGUGCGCAACUACUUUGCUACAUCAAGCGCCGUAGAGAACGUCACAUUUGGCGCGAUCUCCGAGUACGCGGACGUCCCAGAAGCAUCCCGAGCGCGCUCGCACUUCCUUAACGGUCGUCACCGCGUGUUGCUAUACACCGAACGAGCGCAUCACUUUCGACGAUACCAAUUCCGCGGUGUGCAGCGAGUUAUCUUUUACGGAUUACCUGACAACCCCAUCUUCUAUAAUGAGAUUGCGGGUGGAUAUCUUAGCAAGAGUGAGCAGGAUCUACGGCUUGAACCUGGCCAGGGAACUGUCAAGGUCGUGUUCUCCAAGUACGAUGUGAUGAAGUUGGAGCGAAUUGUGGGAUCCAAGAGAGUUGGUAAGAUGAUUCAGGACCGCGGCGAUACCUUUGAAUUUAUUUAG